AAUGGCUGCGGAACAAGACAAGAUUUUGCAUUUAUCUCACCCUCGCCUGUCAAAUACACUCCAAAUAGUCUCGCCUUGCGUGUUUUUUAUUUAUAGUUCUUGAUCAAUCAGCAUUUCCGGUGAGAUAUUACUCGUACCCCAAGUCUGGCAUGAUUUCUUACGGAUUUUCAAAUUGUCAUUUUCUUUCGGCUUUCAGUCGCUUGUUUUUUGCGGUUGGAUUUGUUAUACGGGAUUGAGAGACUUCCAGUGAAUUUUUAGUGAUAAAGUGAUAAAGUGAUAAGGAUCGUGAUGGCUCCUGGAGUUAAUGAUGGGCCCAGGAAAACUGGUACAUUGCCAAAAAGUAAUCGAAGAAAUGAUCGGAAUAGGGAUAUUCCCAACUCCAGACAAAUUCCGAGGGCUGUUUGUAAUAGACGACUGCAACAACAUCCCAACAAUCUUCUUGACUGGCAGCCAGUUAGUGAUCGGGAGCGAGGAAGAACCACCAAGAACAGCAACACGAGGUCCACAUCUUCAGUUCCAUCCACUUCGUAUCAAGACCUCGCUGAUAUCGCAUCAUAUCAUCGACAAUAUAAUUACACCGGUGAAGAUUAUUGGCAGGAAAUGGCUCAACCGAUAGACUCUCGUGCGCAGACACCCCCCGAUCUUCCAAAUUCAAAGCCCACGAACGUCGAUAGAAUGCCAGACCGUCGUCAGGUGGAAAGUCGAUUGAAUCAGAUUCGAGACUACAUCAGAGUGACAUCGACGAUGAUGGAUUCGUUGAACCAAUCGUCCGAUCCACGUGCACGUGCUCAACACGAUAAAUUAUCUAAAAUGGUGGAGGACCUGUGCGACAGUGAGACGAAACUAGCUAAACUCUUGGCGGAUUAUCGUGGCCUGCCAGAUGAGAUGGACAGAGAGGACGGAGAGGAGCCCCUGGAGUCGAAACUCCGUAAGAAGAUGGAAGCGUCGCAGCGAAAACUGGCUCAACUCCAGGAGCACCAGGCGAACCUGGUGGGAAUGCAGUUGAGAGUUCGUGAGAGGUUGAACGAGGCACGCCAGGCCCAGCAGCUGCUGCUCCUCCAGGAGAACGAGGAAGCAAAUGCAGUGAUUCCUCUGCCCUACGACAAUGGCAAUCGCUCUCAGCAGCAGCUGGCAAAUGAUGCAGAUGCCCUGGAGACCGAGACUGUUGCACUGAGAGGAAAAUUGGCUCAACUCCAGAGUAAGAAGAAGCAGAUGGACACUCUUGUGUCUGAGCUGCAGGCUGUGGAGAUGUCUGACAGGGCGAGCUGCAGCUCAGAGAAUUCUAAACACGCUGAGAGGGAUAAAGUUGCUGAGCUCGAGGUCCUCAAGGCACAAUUGGCGCAUCUCAAGGGGCUCAUGGAGGAAGCAACAAGGGUCAGGGAUACAUUCAAUUCUAAUUCGGAGCAAGAGCCCGAGGGAAUCAACGGAUUCUGCGAGAAUGGAGAUGAGGACGAGGGUGAUGUUGCUGCUUCUUUCAAUUCUUUUGAUAGAAACAGCGAGACUGACGACAGCCUGGGAAAAUUUAAUAAUUCUAAGGAGCUGGAUGUGGAACAGAUUCAGGCAGUGACUCGUGAACUGAAGGAGCAACAAGUCCUCAUCCAAUCAGCAAGAGCUGAACUUCAACGUCUGAAAAAUCCCUCCUCAUUCCCACAAGCUCCAGCUCCAGUGGUAUUUCUACCGGACACAACAUCUCCCUCCUCUUUUCCUCCAUUCACCACUGAUAAGAAGCAGAGGAACAACAACACCAAUAAUAAUCACAAUAACAACAACAAUACUCAGGAGAUGGUACAGGGUCACGAAGCGCAGGGAUCUAGGGUCCAGAACAAAAAACGACAGCUGGAGGAAUUGGUACGUAAAGAUCAGAGUCAGUCGAGUGUGAAUCGAGACGUUGGAGCUGCUGGAUGGAGCAGCAGGAGGGGCUCUAAUUCCCACAGGAGUCACACUAGUACGCCUGCUAAUAUUUGGCCUGGACCUAGUGCUAUUGUCGGAAGUUCAAACGAGCAAAGUGUAGACGGAAUAUCAACGACAGACAAUCUCCUGGACAUUGGACCGCACGUGCCGGCAAUUGAGAAUGGAUAUGGCCCGAACUGGUGGAAUUUGUCAGGUCCUCCAGUAUCCCAACCCCAGCCUCCAGGUCACUCCACCGAGUACUACCGACAGUUAUUAAUGAGCUCUCAGGCCCAACAGCUGCAGAUGAUGAGUACAACGAUGCAGCAGUGCUGUCAGCUCCUUUGGGCCCAGCAACGAGAGCUCCAGUCGAUGAGAUCAGCUAUAACUCAGCUACAGCAGCAGCUGAGACAGCCCCAGGCUGGAGUAAAUGAAAAUCGUGAGGACUACUCGAAUCUCAGUCGAUCAAUUCAUCAUCUGGACAAUACCCUGGACUCUACUCUCCCACCGAGCUCUUCUCUUCCCAAUCUAGUCUCAUUACCCACCACUUCACAGACUCCAGCUCAUCCUCCCAUCAUAGCCUCGGCCAAUUCACAUCAACAUCAUAAUCAUCAACAGCUCAACAAUCAGGUACCACCUGGCAAUCGUGCCAACAAUUACUGGGACAACUUCAGAAGCUACUCCAGACAGAAUCUUUUGUCUGGAACUCCUAAAACCCUGAGUGAUGUUAUCCCAGGAGCAUCUACCAAUACUAACACAAUGACUAAUACAACAACAAGUGGACUUCAUAUUUCACACCUACGGGACAAGAGAAAUCGAGAGCAUGCAGCCGACAAUCUCUCCCUGCCAUCCCUUUCUGGCUCAGAUGCCCAGUAUUCCAUGAAUCUCCAGAUGCAGUCGAAUAUUCAGGAUCGCGAACGCGAUAUUCCAGCGUCCAGGACGAAUAUCCUGUCGAAUGAGGCUGCACAAAUGCAGCAGGUGGAGAAUUUCUGGGAGGACGCCCACUCGUCCUUCCGUUUAGUUCCAGAAAGCAACGAGGACAUUUAUUCUCUUCGACAUCUCAACGCAGAAAUGCGAGAUGUUCUCGUUUCACUCGUUGCUGCUAACAAGAGGAGGCCUGACUACUUGGUGAUCAUCCUCAGAGAGAUCAAGGCCAUCAGUGAGGAUCAGAGGCUGCGCCCAAGGCUCCUUAGAUCCCUCCGGGCCCUCCAGGACAUGCAGACUUCCAGCAAUCCUUUGAACGAAGUCCCGGAUCAAACGGCCAGUGAGAGCUGCCAAUCGAGUGAUGAAGACUCUGAUACAGGAGUAAGGGUUGAUAAAUUAGCGGUUUUGAUGAAUUCGAAUGCUGAAAACCAGUCUCUCCUACCGGAGAUAUUCAUGCCUAUGCAAUCGUCGGUGCAGGGGUCACAAGCUAUUGCUGCCCCAUUCCCUGAUAAUUUUGAUUUUGAGAGUCCACUACAGCUGGAAAACAUGAAUGCUCUUCCCACAAUGUCUUCAAUAUCCACUGGAUACAACGAGGACUUGGCUGAAGCUGAUCAAUCGCGUCCUGAAGCCUCGAACGAGCAACAGUAUUCCUUCGACGAAGUGAUGAGUGAUGAAGGGGAGGAGAUAGAUGUAGCCCAGGUGGGCCCUCUCCAAGGGGCUGGAGUAGACCUGGAGCGAGAGUUCCCUGAAGAGGAUCCGAACUAUGAGGAAGCCUUGGGGGAGGGCUCCAUCCUCGACAGAAUUCCCACGAGACUUCUCCACCACUAGCAGUACCUCCUCUCCUCUCUACUCCUGUUCUCGCUAGUGAGCCUUAAAAUACUUUUUAUUCAUUUCUUCGUGGUAAUACUGUCGUUCCAAGUCUUUGUAACGUUGUUUCUUAAAUCAUUGGAAUAAACUGAAAUUUCAAAGA